UUCAUUUUCUUGGCUCCGCAUCUUAUCUUCCAACCUCCUGAAUUUGCUUUGUAACCUUUCAAAAACCAAAACCAAUACCAAAAUAGCGCCAAAUAAUCCCAUAACUAAAAAAAAAAAAAAACAGAUAAACAACACUACCAAUAUUUAUGGCCUGUUCAAUAUCAUCUCCACAAAAUAACCAAAGCAUUUAUCUAAAUCCAAGCUUCCUAUCAAACAGAAGGACAUCAAUAAAACCAAUAUUAUUCAAGAGCACCAACAUAAACUUUCCGUUCUCCUCACCGCCUUUAUCCAAACCUGUUAUAAUCUCCCUGAAAUCUUCGAGCAUAGCCAAGUACGACGAUGUCGUCGUGGUGGACGAGGAGAUGGACAAGAUCAGGAGGCUCCAGAAUGGAUCAGACGUGCGGGGAGUGGCGUUGGAGGGAGAGAAGAAUAGGACGGUGGACCUCACUCCGCCGGCGGUGGAGGCCAUCGCGGAGAGCUUCGGGGAGUGGGUCAUCGAGGGGCUUGAGACGCCAGUGGAGAAUGUGAGAGUGUCACUUGGCAAAGACCCCAGAAUAUCAGGCCCUUCUUUGAGUGUUGCGGUGUUUUCUGGGCUGUCUCGUGCAGGUUGCGUUGUGUUUGACAUGGGACUUGCCACCACUCCCGCUUGCUUCAUGAGCACAGUUUUGCCUCCAUUUGCAUUUGACGCUUCUAUCAUGAUGACAGCGUCGCACUUGCCCUACACACGCAAUGGCCUAAAAUUUUUCACGAAGAAAGGAGGGCUAACUUCACCGGAUGUGGAGGAGAUAUGCGGCAAAGCCGCCCGUAAGUAUGCUAAUCGGCUAACGAAGGUGUCGACGUUGCUUAAUGUUCCUCCGACAAGAGUCGAUUUCAUGAGCGCUUACGCACAACACCUUCGGGAGAUUAUUAAGGCUAGAGUAAACCAUCCAAUUCACUACGACACUCCACUCCAAGGAUUUCAGAUAAUAGUAAAUGCUGGAAAUGGAUCAGGAGGCUUCUUCACAUGGGAUGUUCUAGACAAGCUUGGUGCAGACACCUUUGGAUCUCUCCACCUUAACCCAGAUGGAAUGUUCCCAAACCACAUCCCCAACCCAGAGGACAAAACUGCCAUGGCACUCACCAGAGCCGCGGUGCUCGAAAACUCCGCUGAUCUUGGAAUAGUCUUUGAUACUGACGUUGAUCGCAGCGGUGUGGUCGAUAACAAGGGCAACCCGAUCAACGGGGACAAACUUAUUGCUCUCAUGUCAGCCAUUGUGCUGAGGGAACACCCUGGAACCACCAUUGUGACCGAUGCUCGCACUAGCAUGGCGCUAACGAGAUUCGUCACUAGUAAAGGUGGUCGCCAUUGCCUGUACCGGGUCGGGUACCGGAAUGUUAUUGACAAGGGAGUGCAGCUGAACAAGGAUGGCGUUGAGACUCAUCUCAUGAUGGAAACUUCUGGCCAUGGCGCUCUUAAGGAGAACUAUUUUCUUGAUGAUGGGGCUUACAUGGUGGUGAAGAUCAUAAUUGAGAUGGUGCGGAUGAAGCUCGAGGGAUCGGACGAAGGCGUUGGUAGUCUCAUAAAAGAUCUUGAGGAGCCAUUGGAGUCUGUUGAGCUAAGGAUGAACAUAAUCUCCGAGCCUAAAUAUGCGAAGGCAAGAGGAAUUGAGGCCAUUGAAACAUUCCGGGACUACGUUGAGGAAGGGAAACUUGAAGGGUGGGAAUUGGACGCCUGUGGAGAUUGUUGGGUGAGUGAAGGCUGCCUUGUCGACUUAAACGACACUCCAGCCGCCAUCGACGCGCACAUGUACAGAGCAAAAGUUUCGGAUAAGGAACAUGGGCAGUUUGGUUGGAUACACCUGAGGCAGAGCAUUCACAACCCAAAUAUUGCCGUAAAUAUGCAGUCAUCUGUGCCCGGAGGUUGCCAAACGAUGACAAGAGUUCUCAUAGAUAAAUUUCUCUUAGCAGGUGAAUUGGAUAGUAUUCUAGACAUUAGCCAGAUUGAAAAUUAUGUCAAAAGUGGACAAGGAAGCUAAAUAGCUAGUCUUUGGAAGUAGAUCUAGAGCAAGGCUCAAUGUAGGAGCAUCAAAAUCAUUUUAUUUGGUACUGAAGUGUUACAAGUAUAUAUGAUCAUGUAUAGUGACAAGGGUAAAACUGUAAAGAGGGAUUCUGUAAUUAGUCUGAACAACGUCAUUAAUGUAAUACAUCCCAAGGUUUCAUAUAUAUACCAGUAUACCCCUGAAAAACAAUAAAGUGAAGGGAGUAAUAACAGCCUUGGUGGAUAGUUGGUUU